AUGCCUCCUUCAACUCUCCCUCAUUCCAUCCUUCCGUCUGGCUUGGGAAUGACUCUCUUCCUAUUCUCAUGGAUCAUGUUCAUUCACAUUGUACAUUCACUUUCUCUUUCGUCAUCCUCUAUUAUGAAACAACAAGAACAACAAGAACAACAAGAACAUGUCAUUCCACAAGAGGUGUCACAAAUACGAUUUUCCCUUCAUGAAAAGAAAUCAUCAACUCCAUUUCUUCCGAUCUUGUUGAUGCAUGGAGUGACUGCUGAUAAUGGAUCCAUGUCCACAUUAGAGAACUUUAUUCGACAAGUGGCACCUCCAGGUACAUUUAUUACUUCGGUCAAUUCAGAGAAUACCGUUCAAUCCUUGUUGAAACCCAUGACGGAACAAAUUGCUGAUUUUGCAAACAAGGUGAAUGAAUUGAAACAGAGAAUUGGAUUUUCGGAAUUUCAUUUGAUUUGUCAUUCACAGGGAGGAUUGUUAUGUCGAUCGUAUAUUCAAUUAACGAAAAAUCAUGGAGUGAAAGUGUUUAUUUCUUUGAGUGGAGUUCAGAAUGGAGAAUUUGGAAUUCCGCAACCGACGAAUUCGGUAUUGGAAUUGUUACAUCAGGAAUUCCCAUGGUUGUGGAAUAUGACUAAGGAAGAGGUGUAUCGAGUGUUUUAUACCGAUUUCUUUCAAAAGACGUUGAGUGUUGCAAAUUAUUGGAAGGAUCCUUAUCACUAUUUGGAAUACCGGCUCUAUAAUCAAUUUCUUACCAUUGUCAACAAUGAUUCUCUCACUACCGAUUAUGCUCGACUUUACAAUUUUCGAGAAAAUGUUCUACAAAUCGACAAGAUGAUUCUGACGGGCUCUCCUCAAGAUGAAGUCAUCCAUCCUUAUUUUUCUGCAUUUUUCGGAUUUUACAAACUGGAUAUCAAUACAAUGCAAUUACAAAUUUCACCCAUGCAAGAGCAAGAUGUUUAUGUGAGAGACGUAUUUGGAUUAAAAACUCUUGACAUGCAAAAGAGAUUAAUUAUUGAGAGUGUUCCAAAUGUAUUGCAUAUGCAAUGGGUAGAGAGAAGAGAUUUGUUUGAAAAAUAUAUCCUUCCUUAUUUGUAUUAA